CUUCUCGCCUGCGCAAGUGUCCGCCCCAACCAGAAACAGGGCAGGCCUGGAUUGAUAGGCCCCCUGCGACUCUAUCCACUUCCUCUAGCCCAUUCUCUCCUCCCACCGGCGCCAUUGCCGCAGCUGUCCGGCGCCAUGGGUCUGCCCAUGGUGCGCGGCCCGUGCUUCUGCUCGCCCUCGCCUUCGUCGUCGUCCUCCUCCUCCUCCUCGCCGUGGAUGCUGCAGGCCCAUCUCCCCAAGCACCCCCACCCUCGCCAUGGAUUGAGUGGGAGGUCAGUUUGGUCUGAAUCCCUGAGAGUUCUGGCCCUGCAUCUCUUGCUCAAUCGGCGCGCUGAUCUUUGCCGGCGCCGGGGCGACAUCGCCAGAACUGCUGCAUCUUCAUCCGGUUUGCUUCAGAUUACAGAGAACAAGGCAACCAGCUCGCCAAAAACAAAGGUCGAUGCAGAAAGAACAGCACUUGUUGGCUCUCUUGACAGAAAUGCGGGGUUUGACAUGAUUUAUGAGGACAUGUCUUCUUGGAUGGAUGUGGCACACACAAGUAGCAACAGCUUGGAGUAUAACUUGUUGAUGCAAAACAUCCAUGUGUUACAGAGUAGUUUGGCUGCUCAAGAUUUGGUGGUGCUGGAAAGAGAUAUCCUUGUACAUAUUGAACAGCUUGGAGCUCUGAAAUGGUUUAACGCCUCGAGGUCCAGCGCCACCAUAACACCGACCUCACUUGAAUCAGAUUUUGCACUCCCUUGGAAUGAUACUGAAUUCGCCCCGGUGACUCCUCUCGAUGAGCAAAGCGACGACGAUCAACUGGUCGUUAUUCGGAGCGGGAAAAGCCAAGAGAGGAAACUGAAGAGAAUUAGAGCAUCAGAAAACAUCUCCGGGGUUUGUGUAAAAGUAUCCUCACGAAAACCAAGAAAAUCACGCAAGUCCACUAGUAGUCAAUUUAUAUCUGAGUGGAAAAACUAUCCAGGCCGGCGAAGGAGCAUAGUUCGGGAACAGUCGGACUUGCUGGUGACUAUCAAGGAAUGUGCAAACCUUGAGAAGAUCAGGGAAAACAUGGUGAAGGAAGGGCAGGAGGUCUGCUAUGAUAAGUGGGCAAAAGCAGCUGGAGUUGAUGAAGCGGUCCUGAAGAGUAGACUGCAAGCAGGCUACUGCUGCAGAGAGAGGUUACUGGUGACCACCGAGUGGCUUGUCAAGUACAUUGCAAGGACAUACACCGGAAUGGGAACAGCUUUCGAGGAUCUACUCCAGGCUGGGAAAAUGGGUGUCCUUGAUGGCGCUGAGAGGUUCGACAGCCAGAGAGGAUGCAAAUUCUCAACCUAUGUGAAGUACUGGAUAAGGAAACCCAUGCUAGCGCUCCUCGCUGAAAAUUCUGGAGUGAUCCAGCUGCCCGCAAGGAUGGACUGUAUCAUCCGAAAGGUCAGGGAAGCUAAGCGGGCGAUUCGAUCCAGCACUGGGAGGAAUCCAAUAGACGCGGAGAUCGCGACCUUCGUUGGCGCGUCCGUUGCCAAUGUUAGAUUGGCGCGGAAGUGCUCCCGUCGUGUCGUUUCACUCUACAUGGAGGUCGGAGCUGGACAGAACGCCAAGUUCGUGGAUGUGACCCCGGACACAUCAAUAGAAGAUCCAGAGGAGGCCAUCUUCCGGAGGCAGCUGAGGGAGAGGCUGCUCAUGGUUCUGGACAGGCUCCCGACGAGAGAAGGGCGUGUGUUGAAGCUGCGGCAUGGCCUCGAGGAUGGCAGGUGCCGGUCCCUGGAGCAGAUCGGAGGCAUCUACCACGUGUCCAAGGAGUGGAUCAGGAAGAUUGAGAAAUCGGCCAUGUCGAAGCUCAGGAACGAGGACGUGCAUGAUGAGCUGAAGGACUUCUGUGGAUUCUAGAGCUGCUAGCUACCUUUCUAGUGCAGAUUGGCACAAGGUAGCUCAGCCAUGAGGCCUAAUUUUCACUGAGAUUGUGAUAGAGUUCCAUAGGAGUUUGUAUAUAUUUGAACCACAUUGCAGCGCAUGACACGCUUGUCCUGAUGGUGGCUGAUGGGUACAUGUACAGUACAGUGUUUAACUUGAUUAUAUGUCGGUGAAUUGACAGUGAAACAUGAAGUUCUUUA